UUAAACUAAAAUAUGGCUUCUUGUUUCACCAAACAAGGCAUAGAAGAAGACUCAAUUAUUCUCUUCUCUACUUCUUCUGAUCAUUCCCAUGAGGAAUCCGCCAGCUCCUCCUCUUCUUCUCCCCACUCACCACCACCGCCGUCACCUCCAUCGCCACCACCGCCGUCUCACCAUUCUCAAAUAUCUUACAGACUUACAGUAACAAAUCUUUCCUACACCAUAUCUCCUAGUAACUCAAUGUCUUCUUCUUUUUUUCACUUUCUACAAAACCCUAACCCUAUUAACAUACUCCAUUCUGUCUCUUUCCAAGCAAUAAGCUCCGAGAUUCUUGCCAUUGUCGGUCCCAGCGGUACAGGAAAAUCUAGUCUUCUUCGGUUUAUAUCCGGAAGAGUAAAAGAUAAAGAUUUUACUCCCAAAAGUAUAUCGAUAAAUGAUCGAUAUAUAUCCAAUCCUUCUCAUUUGAGGAAGAUUUGUGGGUUUGUAGCACAAGAAGAUAAUCUACUUCCUUUACUUACGGUGCAAGAAACAUUAAUGUAUAGUGCAAAAUUUAGGCUCAAAGGGUUAAGUAUGAGCUCAAAAGAUAGAGAAAAAUUAGUAGAAAGUUUGAUGAUGGAGCUUAAACUUUCUCAUGUUGCUCAUAGUUUUGUUGGUGAUGAAGAAAAAAGAGGAAUUUCUGGUGGAGAAAGAAAAAGAGUAUCAAUUGGUGUUGAAAUGAUUCAUAAUCCUGCAAUUUUAAUUCUUGAUGAGCCAACUUCUGGAUUAGAUAGUAGUUCAGCUUUUCAAGUUAUUGAUCUUCUUUCAACAAUGGCAAAAGAAAAAUCAAGAACAAUUGUGUUAUCUAUUCACCAACCUAGCUAUAGAAUUCUAAGAUUCAUUCACAAAUUUUUAAUCUUAUCUCAUGGUUCUGUUGUUCAUAAUGGUAGCUUGGAUUCACUGGAGCAAACUAUUUCUAAUUUGGGAUUUCAAAUUCCGAUUCAGUUAAAUCCUCUCGAAUUCGCAAUGGAAAUCAUACAUACACUUGAAGAUUCCUCAACUCAUAUGAUCACAUGUCCUUUCGAAAACAAUAAUGAUGAAUCAUUUGGUGAUCAAUUUAAUUAUGAAGAUAUCAAGAAAAAGGGUAUUUUUUAUGACUAUUUUAAUUUAUUUGAGAUUAUUUAUUUAUGUUCAAGAUUUUGGAAGGUUAUUUAUAGGACAAAGCAACUUUUCUUGGCAAGAACAAUGCAAGCAAUUGUUGGAGGAUUAGGGUUAGGUAGCGUGUAUAUCAAGGUAAGAAAAGAUGAAGGAGGAAUUACCGAAAGAUUAGGGUUUUUUGCUUUUAGCUUAAGCUUUCUCUUAUCUUCAACAGUUGAAGCACUUCCAAUUUAUCUUCAAGAAAGGAAAAUUCUAAUGAAAGAAUCAUCAAGAGGAGCUUAUAAAAUCUCUUCUUAUAUGAUAGCUAACACCAUAAUUUUCAUCCCGUUUUUAUUCGCCGUCGCGAUUCUCUUCUCCGUGCCGGUUUACUGGCUCGUCGGACUUAAUCCUUCAAUUUCCGCCUUCAUCUUCUUCAAUUUUAUAGUUUGGCUUAUUAUUUUAAUGGCCAGUUCUUUAGUUCUUUUCUUAAGCGCAAUAUCGCCCGAUUUCAUAUCGGGAAAUUCUUUGAUUUCCACAAUUCUUGGAGCUUUUUUUCUAUUUUCAGGCUAUUUCAUUCCGAAGGAGAACAUACCUAAGUACUGGAUGUUCAUGUAUUAUGUUUCUAUUUAUAGAUAUCCAUUAGAUUGUCUUUUAAUAAAUGAGUAUUGGAGUAUGAGAAGUGAGUGUUUUUCUUGGAAAAAUGAUGAAUGUUUGAUUAGUGGUGAUGAUGUGUUGAAGAGUAGAGGACUUGAUAAGGAUAUUAGGUGGAUUAAUGUUGGAAUUAUGUUGGGGUUUUUUGUGUUUUAUCGUUUGCUUUGUUGGAUCAUUCUUGCUCGAAGGGCUUCAAAAUCAACUAUUUGAUUAAUUAUUUAAGUCCUAUUUAAUAUUAGAUUGAUUGUGAUGGAAUUUAUCCUCAGCUUUAAUGUAAUUAUAAUUAAAGAAUUGUAAUUCAUAGUAUUAUCAAAAUCAUUGGGUACGUAGUUUAUAACCUUUUUAAACAA